AACAAGAAUUAUCGCUUUUCAUUGAAAUGUAGCUCAGUUCACCAACAGCGGCUAUCGGAUGAGUUUGCAAACUCUUUGACUGCAAAUGCUUGAAGGUUGAAAUGGCGAAAACGGAUAUCUGUUUCUGAAGAUCGAGGUCACCCAACCCAAUCGAGUUAACCAAUGCUAGUGAAAGUGAUGAUAUAACAAUGAGAUACAAAGUGUGUUCUAGUUUCUUUCAUCUGUGGAUGGUGGUCACAUUUUUCGUCGUGUGCCAUGCUGAAGACGAUUUCAAUGAAUUUCAAGAUCGCGAUGAAGAAACCUUAGUACACUGCGUUCAUGAUUCAGCGCAUAGAUUUGGUAAAAGAAUAUGUGAUUGUGGAUAUCGGAACGAAGCCUUUAUUACACCAAAAUUUGAAGGAAGUACAACGGAAAUCGAAAUAGCAAAUUGCAAGUCGCUUCGAGUACGUCGGGAUACAUUCUCAGAGUUAUUUCAACUGACCAAACUAUCCAUCAUCAAUGUGGAGGAUCUCAUACUAGAGCCAAAUGCUUUUGAUUUUACACGUAAUACACCUUCAGCUCAGCUAAAAAUUGAUCUAAUCAAUAAUGUUAUAGAAGAAGUACCAUCUCACGUACUAAAAGGACCCGUAGCAGAGAUAAACUUCACCAGAUGUCGAAUAGGUGUUUUCAAGCCAUACAGUAUUACUAGUGUUCGCGAUCAACUAUAUGCCCUCAGCAUUGUGGAAUGUCUCGUAAACAGAAUAGAGCGACAUGCAUUUAAGCGUUUCGAUGUGAAUCAGCUUUUAAUGAAUGGAAGCAAAUUCAUUGCACCCAUACCGUCCCAAAGUUUCUACGAAAUUGAAGUUUUGGAUCGGUUUCUAAUAACAAAUUGCUCGUUUUAUGCUCUAUUACCAAGUGCAUUUACAUUUAAAAAUGUCACCAACCUUUUAAUUCGAAACAAUGAAUUCAACGAUGCAGCAGGAGAAUCUUUUGUAUUGCAAAUAAGGAAAAGCAUUCAGAUUGUAGGGAAUUAUUUCACAAAAAUUGAUGACACUGGAUUUCAACGCAUAAAUAUAGACAGUUCAUACUAUAACCGAAAUUCAGAACGACCCACACUGAAGUUUCAUAACAAUAGAAUAGGAAAAAUAAAUGGUGCGAGAACGCUGCUUUUCUCCAACGAUUUCGACGUAAAUCUUAGGGCAAUCUACAUCGAACAGAACAUUAAUUGCGACCAAUUGGUCGCUUUGAAAGAGUCUAGUAGUGUAUUGGUGAACCAUCCCGACGAGAUAUACUUUGGUUCAUCCCACGAAGGAAGCACUUUCAAAUCAUUUUACGACAUCCAAAGAUUUCAGUGCGUUGAAGAUGAUUUUUGGUUCUAUUUGAUAAUAGGCGCUGUCUCCGGAUCGAUAGUUUUGGCAAUUAUUACUCUGCUAAUAUCAUGGUAUUGUGUAGCGCAGAAGAAAAAGGAAACACGUAAACUCAAUGUAGUUAUGCCUGAGCCACGAACCUAUCGUGAGACUCAAAUAGUAAUGCAGAUAGAAAACCAUGGCCUGCUGAAAACGGAUCUAUGAGAAAAUCAUAUUCAUAAAGUUAAGAAGUAUGAGGCUGUUUAGAAUGUAAUAAG